CCUCCAAGGUCUCAGGCACAAAUCAUAACAAAUCAUAACGCGUGAUAACGAACAGAAGCCCCGUGUGUAAGCGUAUCUCUGCGGAGGCCCUCAGCAGCCCAACCGUCGCGCUGUGUUGUCCCGGAAUUCGGGGAUCGCCAGGAUGCACCGAAUCGUUGCCGUUCUGCUACUGUUGGCGCUGCAAACGGAACGUCAGCGGGCGGCCGGAAAUGUUCUAUUCCGACAAUUUCUCAUUACAGCCGUCGAAAGCAGCUGUGUGGUGCCGCUGAAGCCGGACUGGUCCUACUCGUCGCCGCUGAUAUUCACGCAGAACGGAGCACUGGUUACGCCAGAGAACGAUAGUCUCGAGCUGGAAGAGAUCACGCUGGCCACCGGCGAUGAGGUGGUGCUGUCCUGUUCGCCGAACUACUUUCGCGAGUUUUCCUCCGAGAAGGUACUGUGGGCCAAGUGCAAAAAGGACAAAACGUUCGUGGUCAACGGGCAGGACAAGAACUUCGUGUCCGCACUGUCCUGCAAGGAGCGACCGAUCGAGGAGAUCAUCGUGUCGGUGCGCGGCUGUCCGUCGGCACUGCGCUCGAUCGAGUAUGGCUUCACGAACCCGGUCACCAACAAGUCGUACAUCCUGGGCGAAGCCUGCUACGACGCAAAGCUCGGCCGAACGCACUUCAUUCACACGAAAGUCAAGUCCGGAGCGAACACGGUCGAGCAGCUGGCGCUGAAGGUGAAGGACAACGCGACGUAUUUCCACGGGUACCACCCGACCCAGCGCUAUAAGGUCGAUCUCAGCAAGGCGCUCAACAUAAACGACCAGGUCGAGCGCUUCCGUGGUGUGUUCGGUGCGAAAAAUGCUCCCAAAAUCGAGUCCCGACGGUACAUCAAUGAAGCUCUUCUUACCCACCGACAGUAUCUUUCAGUAUUAAAAAUGGCCUGGAACUAUCAGAUCGUGAAGGAUCGCGAUCUGCUGCUGAACUACGAUCGGUUGCUGCACGACAUCCGGGCACUUGAGGUGCCCGACAUCGAGAUCUACACCGGGGCGCACGGUGUGAUGACGCUGAAGGACAAGCACGACCAGAACGCGGAAGUGUUUCUGGUGCGCGAGAACCGCUUCCCGGUGCCGAAGAUCCACUGGACGGUGGUCAAGUCCGGCGACCGGGCACUAGCGUUCGCGCUCUUCAGCAAACCACAGCUCACCGAGCAGGAGCUCGAGAAGCAGGGCACGUUCUGCGUGAGCCUCUGCGAUCAGGUCACGUGGCUGAGGAAGCUACGGGAGGAGGACGCGUGGCGGACGGCCCGGGCCGGAUAUGUACUUUGCUGCGAGGUGGAAGAGUUCCGCCGCACGAUCAAGGAGAUGCCACCGAUCGCGGGCGUCAAGGCGAUGCUCAUAUAACAAGGUGGCUCCUCCGAUCCGAGCCCCGGGGCCUAUCCGAUCCGCCUCAGGACCGGCGGCAGGAUCAAUACCUGUAGCAAGCGAAACGGCUGCUUCUGCUAUUGCCACCAUCACCGAUCCCUACUACUGCUCACUACUUCCGUUUGCAGUCUCUCCACACGCUACUUGGAAGCUACUAGCGUCGGCAUUGUGAUUUUAAUUCUUUUUGUUUUGUGUGUAAUAUUUUAAAUUAAAAUAUUAGCUCUUAGAAUUUAGUAUUUUUAUGAAAAUCGAAAACACACAUCGGUGUAAUAAAAGAAGUACAAUUCGCUAGUGUGCUUGAAACCUGUA